UCCUUUAUCCAACCCCCCGCGGGGUGAAAAAAAGAAAAAGAAGAAAGAAAACCAAAAAUAAAGUCUCCCAGUUCCAGGCUUCCGGCAACGGUAGCAGGGCAGGAGCAGGGCAGGUUGGCGUGACGAGAAGAAGAAGAAGCAGAAGAGAAGAAGAAGAAGAGGAGAAGAAGAGGUCCACUCCGAGUGGCCUUCAAUUCCGCCGGCGGCAACUUCAUCGUUCGAUGAUCAUCAUCGAAGCGUUGAUUGAAGAAAAAGAGUAAUGGAUUUGGGUGCGGGCGAUGAGAGUGCAGAGAGGCCAGUGGUAGUAGUAGGGGGGAAGUACAUGUUAAAACGGAGAAUUGGGUCAGGCUCUUUUGCGGUGGUGUGGCGGGCAAGGCACCUGCAGUCCGGCGCGGAGGUGGCGGUGAAGGAGAUUGACACGAAGCGGCUCUACCUCGCCCACAAAAAGCUUGGCGACAAUCUCCUCAAAGAGAUAUCUAUACUCACCAACAUUCGUCACCCCAACAUUAUCCGCCUUUUUGAUGUCAUCCGGACUGAGGACACAAUCUACCUCGUUCUGGAGUAUUGUAAUGGCGGUGACCUUGCUGCUUACAUACAUCGCCGCGGCAAAGUCUCCGAAGCUCUUGCCAGGCACUUCAUGAACCAAUUAGCUGCAGGACUGCAAGUUCUUAAUGAAAACCAUGUCAUUCACAGAGAUUUGAAACCCCAAAACCUUCUUUUGUCCAAGUCCAAUAAUGAAGAAGUCCCUCAACUGAAGAUUGGUGAUUUUGGUUUUGCAAGGUACUUGGAACCUCAAGGCUUAGCUGACACACUAUGUGGUUCACCAUUAUACAUGGCACCUGAAAUUAUACAGAACAAGAAGUAUGACAGCAAGACUGAUUUGUGGAGUGUUGGAGCUAUUUUGUUCCAACUGGUAACUGGAAAGCCACCAUUUGAUGGUGAUAGCCAGCCACAGCUCUUCGAGAAUAUUCUGAGGGGCAGUGAGCUACAAUUUCCAGAAGGUACUUUAGGGGAAUUAACUCCAGAGUGCGUGGCUCUCUGCAAAAGCCUUUUAUGUCAUAACCCUGAUGAACGGCUACCGUUUGAGGAGUUCUUCAAUCAUACAUUUCUGAGAGAGCCCAGGCUGAAGAUGGAGGUUGAGAAACAUUCUGUUCCACAAAUCAGAUCUCUGGUUGAGCAGUCAGAGUGUUUGUUGGAUAAAACACCAUCCGUGGAAUCUUUUAAAAUGCCUCUGCUCCAUUUGCAACAUUUUUCUAGUUUGUUUCAGACGACUUCUGCAGUACCUUUUUCAUUGGUUCAUAAUGACAAGAAGAAAAUAUCCUGUAGAGAAGAUCAUGGCAGCGCAUCUAGCUCCAAAGGCUCUCAGGGGUUUAUGUCAAAUAUUUUAUGUGGUGAAUUAAAGAUGCCUUUUGACGGUGAUGUCAAUGUAUCCAGUCGACCCACAGCUGCUGAUUCGAUGGAGUUGAUUGAAAAAGAUUAUGUUUUUGUAAAUGUUCAUUUUACUUCCACGGAAUCUCUCUCUUGUCCCGUGGGGAUAUCCCUGGUGAAUAAUUCUUGUGGAGUUUUGAGCUACCCAGCAAAGAAGAGGAGUAAUGAGGAUGUUGCUGUUGAAUUGCCAGUUAAAGAGACCACUGCUCGUUCUUUGAGUGGCCCAAAAAGUCUGGAAGGUUCUGUAUCGGCAUCAAGUGCUUCUGCCACACUAAGGCAAGUGCAAGAGGUGUCUAUACUGCAUCCUUCAACAAGACUUAAGUCGUUACACCAAUAUAUUUGUAUUCUGUCAGAACUAGCUCAGGCGAGGCAGUCCGAUGCUGGUUUGUUUCUAGAAUCAUUCUCAGUUCAACUGGUAGUUUUAGCCAUUUGGAAGGAAGCUCUUAAAGUUUGCAGUCGUUGGCUGGGCUCCUCCACAGAGGGUGAUUUAAGGCCUUCAGCCAAGGAAUCAGGACCUGCUCUGAUAUCCGUGAGCUUGUCCCCAAGCUCAGUAGAAACAGUGGAUUUUAGCACACCCCAGGCAGCUUCCAUCUGGGUGGAGCAGGGCUUUCUUGUUGCAUUUGAUGUUAUCGACAAGUUGUCCAACCAGAUUCUAGAUAAAGGUACCACUCAGAUGCCAGACGCCAUGGAGAUCAUAUUCCAAACAGCACUUGAGGUCGGAAAAGUUGGUGGCGUGGAUGAGCUUAUGGGUAACAUGGACAGUGCAUCCGAGUUGUACUCCAAAGCAAUCCUUAUGCUUUCAUUUAUUGUGGGAGAAGCAACGAUAUUGCCCCUCAAUCCAACAUUUUCGCUGACGCUAGCUGAUAGGGAGCGAAUCCUGGGCUACAUUGUCAACUUGAAAUCUCAUCUGUCCCACUUCAAAUUGUCAACAAUCACCUCUUAAGCCAUUUAUGUACAGCUUCCCGGAGUAAAUACCAAGGAUUUGAAAGAUGAAUCCAUUUUGGGAAAUUUUUUCAUAUGCUUUACAUAGCAACUGUAAAUUUAAAUCGAUAAUGUACAGUGUACAGCCUGGUUCUUGUUACGCUCUGUUUAACAUAUCAAGUCCCGUU